GCUCAAAGAAAUGUUAUUAUCAAGUUCAAUAAACAAAAUCUAAUACCAAUGGGAGCAAACAAAUGUACCGCCUAGCUGUUUUCAAACCCACGAGGCCACUCUUUUAUUCCACCAUUGCUAAUUUUCAUACUCAUUUCUCAACCUUAGAAGAAAACUUUUGCUCCAAAUUAUUAACUUCAUGCGCCCAAACGGCAAAUUUACUCCAUGGGAAGGUAAUCCAUGCCAGAUUCAUCAAAGGGUCAUUUCCAAAUUCCCUUUAUCUCCAAAACCACAUCCUAAACAUGUAUUUGAAGUGUGGUGACCUCAUUGGCGGUCACAAGUUGUUCGAUGAAAUGCCUCAACGAAACGUCGUUUCAUGGUCUGCCAUGCUUUCGGGCUUUACCCAACAUGGGUUUUUCAACCAGGCUCUAUGUUUGUUUGUUUACAUGAUAAGGGAUGGAACCUCAAAGCCUAAUGAGUUUUCGUUUGUUAGUGUCCUUCAAGCUUGUUCUUUGCACGAAAGUUUACAUUUAGCUUACCAAGUUUACGCUAUGGUUUUACGUUUGGGUUUCGAUUCAAACGUGUUUUUAGUCAAUGCUUUUUUGACAGCUUUGAUGAGACAUGGGAAAAAAGAGGAAGCUUUGGAGGUGUUUGAGAAUUGUUUGAACAAAGAUAUUGUGACUUGGAAUGCUAUGUUAAGUGGGUACUUGGAAAGUUCUUGUCUGGAUUUGCCUAAAUUUUGGGUUCAAAUGAAUAAUGAAGGGCUGAAACCUGAUUGCUUUACUUUUGCAAGUGUCUUAACUGGGUUGGCUUCUCUUGGUCAUUUAAACACGGGUUUACAAGUACAUGGUCAAACUGUCAAGUCUGGCCAUGGUAGUGAAACUUGUGUCCAGAACUCCUUGGUUGAUAUGUAUAUAAAGAAUCAAAGGUUUUUCGAUGGGUUGAAAGCUUUCAAUGAAACGAGUGGAAAAGAUGUUUGUUCUUGGACACAAAUUGCAGCUGGAUGGUUAGAGUAUGGGGAACCUGCAAAGGCACUGGAAGCUAUUGCAGAAAUGAGGAUGAUGGGAGUAAUACCAAAUAAGUUUACACUUGCUACUGCUUUCAACGCUUGUGCCAAUUUGGCUUUUCUGGAAGAAGGAAAGAAAGCUCAUGGGUUGAGGAUAAAACUUGGGGUUGAGAUUGAUGUUUGUGUGGAUAAUGCAUUGAUUGACAUGUAUGCAAAAUGUGGUUCCAUGGACGGUGCUUGGGGUGUUUUUAAGGGAAUGGACGAUCUUUCCAUUGUUUCGUGGACGACAAUGAUAAUGGGGUGUGCACAAAAUGGUCAAGCUAGAGAAGCUCUUAACAUUUUUGAUGAGAUGAUUGUGAAAGGUAUAAAACCGAAUUACAUUACCUUCCUGUGUGUGCUAUAUGCAUGUAGCCAAGGAAUGUUUACCAAUGAAGCAUGGAGAUAUUUCUCUUCCAUGACCAAUGACCAUGGAAUCUCUCCUGGUGAAGACCAUUAUGUAUACAUGGUGCAUCUUCUUGGCCGUGCAGGGCAUAUAAAAGAAGCUGAAGAAUUAAUCUUGUCAAUGUCGUUUCAGCCUGGUGCAUCAGUUUGGCAAACUUUGCUUAAUGCUUGUCAGGUUCAUGGGGAUAUUGAAACAGGGAAGCGAGCGGCAGAACAAGCAAUGAACCUAAACAGAAAGGACCCUGCAAGCUAUGUGUUGUUGUCGAACAUAUUUGCUGGUUUCAACAACUGGGAUGAUGUGGGGAAGUUGAGAGAAUUAAUGGAGACUAGGGAUGUUAAGAAGGUACCUGGAACCAGUUGGAUCAAACUAGAAAAAACUGCUUAGUACCUCCACGACCCAAGUUUUCAAUUAUGGAAUCUAAAACCAGUUAGUAAUAGGUGGCCGAGAAGCUUAUCAAAAUGCAACCGAUAGAAGAUAACACUCGGGAGUGAAUCAACUUCAAAACCAAAAUUUUCCUAAGAUGGAUCAUGGAUUUCUCGGUUG